AUGCAACCCUCCCACUCCCAGUGGUAGUAAAAGAAAACAGCUUGACGAGAGAAGUAAAAGAAUUCCGGUCAUGGCGUCCCGAUCACUUUUCUUCGCUCUACGACGCAAAUUUGGAUCUCCGUGUACCCUAGAGAAAGGGAAGUUUGGUCGGUUGCUCUCUUCCGGUGCUCUGAGUAGUGAAGUUGUUGAAGAGGAAUCCAAUUCAAAGGAAAAUGAAGACGACUUGAGGAGUAGAAUCUUUAGGCUGAGACUUCCAAAGCGAAGCGCAACCAACAUUAUACAGAAAUGGGUUAGCGAAGGGAACACUGUGACGGCUUCUGAGCUCAGAAGCAUCUCUAGAGAGCUUAGGAAGUCUCAGCGUUACAAACAUGCUCUCGAGAUAUCAGAGUGGAUGGUUACACACAAAGAGAAUGAGUUCUUGGACUCUGAUUAUGCAACUCGUAUUGAUUUGAUGACUAAAGUUUUUGGUAUUGAUGCUGCGGAACGCUAUUUUGAAGGUCUACCUGUCUCCGUAAAAACUAGUGAAACCUAUACUGCACUCCUUCACUCUUAUGCUGGGUUGAAACUGCUGGAAAAGGCUGAAGAGCUUUAUGAGAGAAUAAAAGGAUCAAAUCUGCCCUUCACUGCUCUCCUAUAUAAUGAGAUGAUGGCUCUGUAUAUUGACGUUGGGCAGGUGGAGAAAGUCUCAUUAGUUGUUGACGAACUGAAAGAUAAGAAGGUUGCGCCUGACAUCUUCACUUACAAUCUAUGGAUAAGUUCAUGUGCUGCUACCCUAAAUAUUAAUCAAGUUAUGAGGAUAUUGGAUGAAAUGAGCAAUGAUCCUGGUUGUAACGAUGAUUGGCAUAGAUAUAUUGACAUUGCCAAUAUAUAUGUUAAAGCUGGACAUCUUGUGAAUGCCGAGUCCAGUGCUGUUGUUGAAACAGAGAAGAGUUUUACACAAAGAGAGUGGAUAACAUAUGACUUCCUCAUCAUCCUGUAUGCAGGUUUAAGAAACAAAGAUAAAGUUGCUCAAAUAUGGAAAUCCUUAAGAAUGACUAAGCAAAAAAUGACAAACAGAAACUUCAUUUGCAUCCUUUCUUCAUAUCUGAUGCUUGGACAUGUGAAAGAAGCAGGGGAGGUUCUUGAUCAGUGGAAACAGUCUACUAUUACAGAAUUUGACAUCACUGCUUGUGGUAGGCUUUUGCAUGCAUUCUCAGGUGCUGGAUUAACUGAAAUUGCUAACAAGUUCCAUGUGCUUCUGAUUGAAAGGAAUUUUGAUCUCACCAAUUUGACGAAGUGAUUCUGAGUUUAUCUUAGGCAAUGCCACACUGUGAAGGGAACUUCAUUGAUAUUAGUUUCACACUCAGGAGAGAAUAAAUACAAACUACGAUAGUAGUUCUGUUUGGUUAAUCCAUUUUCUCUCUCUAUUGCCGACUCCCAAACUAUCAGUUUACCACACUUUGAGAUGGAAAAAAUUCAUUGAAAGUGCCCAAAGUUACAGCAAAUAAGCUCAAGACUAAUAGAGAAGGACAUUACAACGAAAAGGGUCUCAAGGGCUCAAAGAAAGAAAGCCCAAACAUAAUUACACAACUUUAAAGACUCACAACCCGUUUGACCCGUGUUCUCGAUCCGGACGAGCAGAAGCUAUUGUGUUGCACUCCUCUCUGAGACUUUCGUCCGCCAUUGCCAAUAAGGACUCAAGCAGAGACAUUUUACCCUUCCAACCUGAUGCUUAAGAAAGGGAAGCCUACUCUUCCACAAUCAGAUCCAUCUAUUGUCUGCAGAACACAAAAGAAACCUUUAGAUCAUUGACUCUAGCUAGGGAAAAAAAGGAGAAGGAUGCAAUUGAGACAGCUCCACAACACCCACCGCCCUCCUUCCACUAAAAUUACAUCUUGAGAAUGCCGACCUAGAAGGCCCUCACGAGCACGUCCCAAUUAAACAAAUAGAAAAACAAGCAAACACAAAGGCAAGUCAAAGAAACACCUCCCUCGCAUUAAAUCUUUUUCGC